GUAAGAUGAUGUCAACGCCCUUCACCGUGUUGCAAGUUUCACCCUGCGAGGAGUGCCGUGGAUUGAUAUCCUCCGGUUGUGACCAUCGGAGUAGUGUUCAGCCGAACGACAUCACCUGGAAGACCUGAAGCAUGACCGCAACCAUCGCCUUGGAGUUUCUGCUGACCGCACCAGCGCUUACUAACGGGAAACCAAUCCAUGAUGAAUCUCCUCAUGUUGUCCUGUCUGAGCUGAGUGGGUCAGAUGUUGUGUUCGACCAUGAUCUCAACGGCACGGGCACUUGCGGUCCUUUCAGGCCAUACAUCGCGCUGGGCAAUAUUUAUGCUUGCGGCUUUGCCUCGAACAAACGGCUCGGACUCUGCAAAAACAGCCUCGCAGGAUUCGGCUCCGUACGUACGACCGUAGCCUACGGUCAGGACGCCGGUGGCUACAGCUGGGAAUUUCGCAUGCAGCACAAUGGUCGUGACUGUAUGUGUCUUCCUAUACAAUUCGCAAGCGUGCGAUCAAGAGACUGUUUCAGCUGCGGACAUCAUAGGCGGCCUGCCCACCAAAUACGACGCGAUCUUCGCGAAAACCAAAUGUGCGACCUGGUACCAAAGUUGUCGCCAUGAGCUAUGCACAAAUUGGGCUUCUGGUACAUGUUUGAUUCCGUUUUUCAUGCCUCCGACCGCCGCACAAAAGUCGAGAAUGAAUGAGCUUGAUCGGAUCAUGAACGAGCACUUGCGCGAUGCCGCACACAGAUUCGGCUACACCUAUGAUCACGUCGAGGCCGCUUUCGAAGGGCGCCGAUUCUGGGAUAGCAUCAUUCAUGGUUAUCUUUUCAACGAAGGUGGUAAUAUGCGAUCCGACACGGCGGGCCAUUGGUACUUGGAGAUCGGGCUAUUUGAUCCUCCAAAUGAAGGACAAGACGUCAUGCUCCGUGUUUUGAAUGCGGCUCUGCAAUGCUGAAUCUUGAAACUCACCAAUCUAAGCUCAUCCAUAACAUACCUAGGUAGCUUGAUCACAUUGCUGUGCAAGCGUGAAUACAGCUGAUAUCGUGCACAACCUCGAUGAGGUGAUGUCGCUAUUCAAUCAUGAAAACCCGAAUGAAUGCGUG